CUCCGCGUCCGCCCGGCGGGGGCGGGGGCGCUGUGCUCCUACGUGACUCGGUGGGAACAGGCCCUGGCCCGGCGCCCGCGGGCGGUGCGUGCGCGGUUUGUUUACGUCCGAGGGCAGGCGGGCGGGCGUGUGUUCCCUGGCAGGCGGCCUGGGUAUCCUGCCCGGUGCGUGCGUGCGCUGUGUACCUCGGGGGGCGUGUGUGCGUCUGUUGUGCUUGUGUGUGCGUGUCCGCGCGCGCGCUCCCUGGGGCCUGUACACCAGCAGUGUGUACCUCAGAGAGGGCGUGCCCUGGGCCGGCCACCGGAGUAAACGCGGAACAAGGACCCGAGCGAAGGAAGAGGACCCGUGCGUCUUCGCACGGGGUCUGGGAAUGCUGGCCCGGGCCGCCCCAGUCCUAUACCCAGGGCUGUCCGUCCCCCGCUCUCCCCGGAGUUUCCCAGGGCCUCCGCCACGUGACCCCAGUGUUUGUCUCCCGCCCCGAGCCGGCGCCCGCAGCCACAGGGUGGGGCCAAGGUAUCAAAGACCCCACCCAGCUGAGCUAGGAGUGAGGGGUGUGAGCCACACCCGCCGGGCACCCCGGUGAAUCUGGUAACAAAGUGAGUUGGAGCCCAGGUUCUUGUCCCCAGAUUUUGGGGCUUCCUGGGGGAAGAACCAAGGGACUCUCGUUCGUCCCCAGGGUUGCCCAUCCCCUCAGUCCCAUGAGAACAGGAAGGGCCAGAAAACCUUGACUGCAAAGGUGCGGGGCAGGGAGAGGACCACAGGUUUUCUAGCUAGUCCAGGUUCUGGAGGCUGUACCUGCUAGGUCGUGGAGGAUGGGGCGGAGCCGGUUUCCGCCCUCCUGGUAGUUUCAGUUCACAAGUGGGACUAGUGAGACUAGACUGACCUACAGCUGGACGCCGGAAGGUAGCUGAGGCUCUGAACCAGCCGACAGACCCCGAGUCCUCACCCUGGGCCAGGCAGGGUCAGCAGGCAGUGGGGAUAGGCCUCUGACUGCACGAAGGAUUAAUGAGUGAGGGGUGGGGCCUGACCUAGCCGCCACCCACCCACUCACCCAAUAGCCCUGCAGAAAGCACCUGUUUGUCGUAGCUGCCUGCAGGAUGGGCUGGGGGCUAGAGAUUCCUUGGUCUUAAUCCACCUUCCCCCUCCACCCACCCACGGGCUAUGGAAUCCUGGGAGGGGGGCAAUUGAACUUGCUAGGGUGAGGAACCAAUGAUCCUUUGACUUUGGAUCUUUGAACCCUGGGUGAGCUCUGCUACAGCAGCCAGGACCCUCAGUGUUCCCAUCUACCGCUGGAACUAGGUAACAGCCAGGAUGGCAGGAUGGUGGGUAGAAGGGGGAAGCUCUGGAAGUCUCUGCAGACAGCGUAUUUUCCAGGCGAAUUGUGGAAGAGAAAGCAAAGCUGACAGCCCCAUGCCAGGAGCUGGGGGUACCCAAGAGUAGGUGGGGUUUGAGUCAGGGGGGUUGGGGCCAGGAGCACAGGAACAAGACAGGCCCACCCUCAAAGCUGGGCAGGAAACAUUCCAAAGUAGGGCCUGGGGUCAGGGGAUGAGGGGAAGUGGCUGGUUGACUCAGUCCCAGAUGGAAAGUUAGCAUUGAGAGGUUUAACUUCCCAUUGAAUCACCCCUGGGCCCUGCAUUGCCAUUGGGCCCUUGUCCUGGACCAGAUGCCAGGGAUGAGAUGAACAGACCAGAUCCAGAGACUGCCCUCUGGGAGCUUACAGCUCAGCAGCAGACACAAAGUUGAAAAAAGAUCCACAAAAGUAAAUGCAAAACACAGCUGAGAUGGGUGAUGUGAGGGAGAAGUCACUGUGGUUUGAAGGUACAUAACAGUGCUCUGACUUAGCCAGGGCAAUCAAGGAAGGCUUCCCUGGGGAAGUGACUAGUGUGCUGAGUCUGACAGAGUGGUGGUUGUCUGUGAAGCCCUUGAAGGCAGGAGCUGUGAUUCACUUCAGGGUCUCCAGGGCCCAGCACAGAGCCUGGAACAUAGUAGGUGCUUCUUGGAUGUUUGCUGAUUGAAUGAAUGAGCCCUGGAUCCCUGUCCUCGAAGAGCUCCACAACACAUGGAGAAAAAGGCCUGGGAACCCCAGAGAAACAGGAAGCCAGGGCAGGGGCUGGAGGAAUCUUGAAGCAGUCUUCCAAAAGGGAGCAGAUCCUUCAGGACUCAGGCAACUUCCUCCCUCACACACACAGGCAUGCACUGCCCGCUUGUCCCUUUGGGAAACAUUCAGGGGUAGUAGAAUUUGCUGUCUGUUCAUUCAUUUGUUAGCAUAUGAUCCUGGGAGAGAGUGGACAGGAAUAUGGUUGAGGCCUGAGGACCCUACUGUGUUGGCUUGCGGGGAGGCUGGCAUUGCAGGGUUUUGAAAUGGGCCAAGCACGGACAGGCUCGUGGGUUUGUGUCAGUAGUGAUUCCUCUGACAGCUCUUGGGGGAGGAUCAAUGAUGGGGAUUGGAGACGGAGGGUAAGGCAAGAGGCUGGUGAGCAGGCGGCUGUGGUCAUGGUCCAGAUGAAAGAGGAAGUGGUCUGUGGCUGGCCAGGUGGAGAAGAGGGCUAGUCUGAUAGUCUGAUAUGCGUCUCAUGCCCCCACCUCCAGGAAGCCUUCACCGCUUUCCUUUCCCUACCUCCAUUCUGCUGGUGGUCUUGGAGCUCUGGGCCAGAAUCUGAAACUCUAAACUGGAGACAGUCAUUGUUGAAAGGUUAGGCUCAGAGGAGGUUUGGCGUAUUGGGAAAACCGAGGCCCAGAGAGAGGGAGUGCCAUACCUGAAGCCACACAGCGAGUGUGAGAGGGUGCCUGAACUGGGGCUGGAACCCCAGGCUGUUGCUUCUCUGUGGUGCUUGGUUCUUCUAGCCUUGCUCCCCUUCCAGCAGGGAGGAGGCUCCAGCAGUGCUGGCUGCCAAGAGCUACGAAAACACAUUUUUUCCCUCUGUCCUCACAGAGCGAGCAGAAUGGCUCAGCAGCCAGAAAGGAGCCCAUGCCAGCGGGUGGGCCUUCUACAGGACGUCUCUGGAGUGGACUGGUGGGGCCAGGGAGGGGGACGUUGGAGGGUUGUGGCUGCUGACUGGACAAGGCAGUUCUCAGUCCCUCAAGAGUCACCUCUCUCCUUAUGCCUCCAGAAGACGUCAUGAACCUGCAGACCCUGGAGAUCAGCUCUGCUGGCUUCCAAGGGAAGAAGCCAGGGAGAGGUGGUGGUGGCCGGCAUAGAAGAGAGAGGACCCCUGGGUUCCAGUCCGCCACUGCUACCAAACAGUGGCUUGGUUGCCUCAGGUCUGCAGCCCAGAGGGCACCUUCUGCAAACAUGUCUGUGGAUCCCCUAUCCAGCAAAGCUCUAAAGAUCAAGCGAGAGCUGAGCGAGAACACGCCUCACCUGUCGGACGAGGCGCUGAUGGGGCUGUCGGUGCGCGAGCUGAACCGGCACCUGCGCGGGCUCUCCGCCGAGGAGGUGACACGGCUUAAGCAGCGGCGCCGCACACUCAAAAACCGUGGCUACGCCGCCAGCUGCCGCGUGAAGCGCGUGUGCCAGAAGGAGGAGCUGCAGAAGCAGAAGUCGGAGCUGGAGCGAGAGGUGGACAAGCUGGCGCGCGAGAACGCCGCCAUGCGCCUGGAGCUCGACGCCCUGCGCGGCAAGUGCGAGGCGCUGCAGGGCUUCGCGCGCUCCGUGGCCGCCGCCCGCGGGCCCGCCACGCUCGUGGCGCCGGCGAGCGUCAUCACCAUCGUCAAGUCCACCCCGGGCUCGGGGUCUGGCCCCGCCCCCGGCCCGGGCCCCGCCCACGGCCCGGCCUCCUGCUCCUAGUGCCCGCCCCCGCCAUGCCUCAGCCACGCCCCUCCGGCCCCAGCUCCCUCCCCAAAGUGCCUGAGCACCGCCUCUGUGCCCAGGUCCCAUUUCUCUGCAGCACUGGCCCCUUGGUGCACACACAUUCCCUCCGUGGGCCCUGUCUUCCUCUUGCAGCCCCCAAAACUGGGACCGAAUGACCCUGGGAAGGGGAACUUUGGUAGGUUGGGGACGGGGCAGAGGUCUGGAUCUGGGAUCGCCCUUGGCUGAAAGUUUAGCCUUUUUAGAUUGAGAGAUAUAGAGCCGGCUUAGAGAACAGCUGUUGGGGGAGAAGAGGGCACCCCUCAUCUUGGAAACUGCUCUGAUUGUGCCAAUAUGCCCUCCAAACCCUUCCAGGAUUCAGAGCUAGGUUUGGCUGUCUGACUUACAGGGCCGUCCUGCUGAGAAAUUGCACUGAAGAGAUGCCCCCGCCUCUGGUUGGGCCUGGGGGUGCCUGGCCUUCCGAAACUAAAAGAGUGGGUGGGAAGACUAGUGAAACCCAGUUCACAGAUGGGGAAACAGGCCUGAGGUCACAUUUCACUUAGUGGUUGUGUUGGGACCAAAACCUGGGUUUCCUCACUGCUGCCCUAAGAUUCCAGCCAUGGUUUUCAGGGGGACAGUGGACAGGGACUCAGAAACGUGGUGGGAGGGCCUCCCUGGCCUGGGAGACCGCUCUCUGCAAGGGAGGGGGAGAGAAGCAGAGGGAGAGAGAAGGUGACAUGGAUGGAAGAGUGGGAAGGAGCUGGCGUGGCUCAGCCCUAGGCUGUCCCCGCAGCCAGGGUGUCCGGGGGCUGGCCAGUCAGAGAAAGGGGGCCAUGGACUGCUGUGGCAAAUAGGGAGACAAGGAGACAGACCCUGCAGUCCUACUACAGUCUGGAGUGGGGUCUUAAGAAGAAGGGUCCCACCUCAACCCCUGUCAGUGUCCACUGUGGGGUGGGGGCUGACCCCUGCCUUUGAUUGUCAUUCUCCUGGGAAGCCCAGCCUCAGUCCCUCCCCCAACACUGUCCACACUGCCCCUCCCCACUGUUUAUUUAUUGCACGGAUCUAAGUUAUUCUCCCCAGCCAGAGCCCAAGCUCCUGCUCCCUGGGAAAAGUGGCGUAUGGCCCUGAGCUGGACUUUAUAUUUUAUAUCUGCAAAUAAAUCACAUUUUAUCUUAUAUUUAGGGAAAGCCGGAGAGCAACAACAAAAAAUGUUUAAGCCGGGCGCGGUGGCUCACAUCUGUAAUCCCAGCACUUUGGGAGGCCAAGGAGGGGGAUCGCUUGAGUCCAGGAGUUUGAGACCAGCCUGGACAACAUGGUGAAACCCCGUCUCUACAAAAAAUACAAAAAUUAGCCAUGCGUGGUGGCUCAUGCCUGUAGUCCCAGCUACUUGGGAGGCUGAGGCAGGAGGAUCACUUAAGUCCAGAAGGCAGAGGUUGUAGUGAGCUGAGAUCGCACAACUACACUCCAGCCUGGGCAACACAGCAAAAUCCUGUCUCAAAAAAAAAGUUAAAAAAUACUGCCCGGCUCCUAGAAUUUAUUUAUUUCCUGACUUACAGCAAGCGAGUUAUCGCCUUCUGUAUUUUGUAGACUUUCUAAAUAAAGUCAAAUUCUUUUUCCACAGAGAA